UCUCGUUUUUCAUCAGAAUUAUUUUAGCACGAGUAAAAUGCAUCAGAAAUCCCAAUUCUUUCGUAAAAGUUCCAAGUUAGUCCCAAUUUUUUGAAACUGCACGUUUGAGUCCUAAUUGUUUCGUAAGUGGUUCGGCGCGGGUCCUAAGGUGGCUCGGGCGCGUGUCUGAUGCUUACGUGGCUAUUUGGACCCACAUGUCAGAUGCCAAGAUGGAAAGUUUUUGCCAAAAAGACGCUGCCUCUUUCCUUCAUCUUCCCCGUGCCCCCUCUCCUCUUCUUCCUCUCUCCCCAAAGCUCUCUCCCCCUAUGUUCUUCUCCUCCCCAGGCCACGAACUCCGGCGCGCGAGCUCCCCUCACCGCUCUGGCCCACCCUCGCGCCCUACGCCGCACCAAGCAGAUCCAACGCACCACACUGCGUCCUCCUCUGCAGUUUUUGGCAGCCGCAUGCGCCCCGAGAAGCCUCACGCCGCUCGUCUUCCCGAAGUCCGACGGAAGCGCAGCCCGCUUCGAUCCGCGCAACCAUGGCCUCCAUCGCCCUUCCGCCUUCAUCGAGAGCACCGCAGCGCCGCCGCACGUCCUCCGGUGCGCUUGCCCGAGUCUCCCACGCCCCGCAUCUCCCCCGCGUCGAACACCCCGCCGGCCGCCUCCAGCUCGCAGUCGCCGGCCUUCUGCAGCGGCGGAUCCGCGACGGCCUCGACGCCAUCCGGCUCCUCGCGAUGGAGCGCAUGUCUCGAGCCCCCUGGAGCGCUACCUCGAUCACCGGAAGCCUCUCUGUGACGCCUACUUCUCCGAGCACGGCGAGAUCCGCCGCUCACCAUCCCUGCUCCUGGUGGCUAGCGCCCGGUGGCGGCGCCCUCAUCUCCCUCCGUACGGAGAAAAGGAGAGGGAGAUGGGGACAGAGAUCGGGGAGGCGACGACGUCCUCACUAAUGGCGACGGCAGCCAGACAGAGAGGCCACAGCGCGGGGACAGCAGCGCAGGCUCGCCGGCGGCGAAGGAGGGCACAGCGAGGACUGGAGAGGCGCGAAUAAGACUCCAGCCUUUGAUUGGUUCUCUAAUCCGGUGUAUUCAUUGGCAAUUUUUGGCCGUCGUCGGUGGAAUUUCGGGGAGAAUCCCAUCUCCAAUCCGGUGCGAAUCCCCGAGAAUCCCAUCAAUUUCUAGCCGUCGUCGAGGGUGAGCUCGAGGGAGGCAGGGUUGUUCGGGGAGGAGAAGAACAUAGGGGGACAGAGCUUCGGGGAGAGAGGAACAAGAGGAGAGGGGGCACGGGGAAGAGGAAGGAAAGAGGCAGGGUCUUUUUUGAAAAAAAAACAGUCCACCUUAGCACGUGACAUGUGGGCCCAAAUAGCCACGUAGACACGGCCCAAAUAGCCACGUAGACACCAGGCAUCUGCCUGAGCCAUCUUAGGACCUUAGGACCUGUGCUGAACCACUUACGAAACAAUUGGAACUCAAAUAUACAGUUUUAAAAAAUUAGGACUAACUUGGCGAAAGAAUUGGGACCUCUGAUGCAUUUUACUUUUUUAGCACCAUUUCUCUUUGAAUCUCGAAGGUUCGAUGAUUCCUCAAGAUUUCGUAGUUUGGUAGACUCAUUUGUAAAAACACCCCUCAAGAUGUAUUAUCUAUCGAAGCAAACAACCAACUUUUAAUCGAGGGAGGGCCAAGUUAAAAUAUAGGAACUGUUUGGUUUGAACCCAAAGUAGGCCUACCAAAAUUUUGGCUAGCCAAAUAAUUGGUGAUGGUUUUGCUAGUCUAUGAGUUGGCCAACUUUGAUCAAAAAAUUGAACUAAAGUUGGCUACGAAAUAUUUACUAGCCAAAUAUUUGGUCACCAUUCAAACAAACACCAAAUUUUAAUCAAUGACCAAAAAAUUGGCUUGAUGUGUUUUAAAAGCAAACCAAACACACCCAUGAGCUGUCAACUACGGACCUACAGUACAAUCUGUCAAUUUACUCCAUUCCACCGGCCACCGCCCCAAACCCAAAAACCCCAACUCCGCGCCCAGCGAAGCGAGCGCCAUGGAACGCCGCCGCGGCCGCUCGCUGCCGACCCUCCCCAAAGAGCUCAUAGAGGAGAUCUUCCUCCGUAUCUCGCCCGACGAACCAGCGUGCCUCUUCCGCGCCUCCCUCACCAGCAAGAGAUGGAGCAAAGUCGUCUCCUCCCGCAGAUUCCGCGAGCGCCUCCUCGCUCUCCACCGGACCCGGACACCCCCCAUGCUUGGCGUCCUCCACGGCAACAACUGGGACAACAUCCCCCGCUUCAUCCACACAACCGCGUCGCCCUUCUCCCUCGUCGGCGCCCCGGACUACCGCUCCUGGCGGGCCCUGGAUUCCCGCCACGGCCGCGCCCUCUUCCUCUCCGAGGGCCAGGUCCCUGUAGUUGUACGGCUCCUCAUUUGGGAACCAAUCACGCGCACCCAGCAGCGCGUACCUGUACCCGUGCCUGAAGCGUACAGGAGAGGUUCCUCCAACGCGGCCGUGUUCUGUGCAGCGGACGGGUGCGACCACCGCGACUGCCUCGGGGGUCCUUUCCGCGUGGCCUUCGUCUUCGGCCUCAUGGACAAGCGGGGUCUCCUGACGAGUAGCACGACGGCGAUGGCAUAUUCGUCGGAGACUGGCACGUGGGGCGAACCGAUCGUGUUGCACGGCUUGUUGGGCUGGUAUUCAUCAUACACUUCCAGCGUGCUCGUUGGGAGAUCUCUGCUCUACUUCAUGCAGGGCAUGUCAGAAGGGAAUAUCCUGGAGUAUGACGUGGCUAGGCACUCCCUGGCUUCGAUCGACCUACCAGAAUUUGAGUUGGAACGUAACCUCAUGCUGACGGUGGACGGUGGACUGGGAGUUAUCAGUGAAUCCGAAAAGAAAGAACUCAAAGUGUGGUCAUGGCAGGAGGCGAUUGAUGGCAGUGAUACAUAUUCGCCGGAAGAGGCAAGUGAUGGCAGUGAUACAGAUUCGUCUGAGGAGGCGAUUGAUGGCAGUGAUACAGAUUCGUCGGAGGAGGCAAGUGAUGGCAGACAUAAAGGAUGGGUACUGAGCCGGGUCAUCUGCUUGGACAAGUUGCUACCAAACGGUGCUCUACAAGAACCAGUGGUUGUGUUGGGAUUUGCCGAGGGAGCAAAUGUCAUUUUCGUGCUCACGGAUGCUGGCGUCUUCACAAUCGACCUGCAGUCCGAAGUGGUGAGGAAGGUUACUGGCCAGUUCACAAUCAACGAUGGCCUCAGUAAUUUGCUUCCAGUUGUCAGCUUCUACACUCCUGUGCCCCGAGGUCUGCACCAUGGCCCGCCGUCAUCGAACCUUGGUGAGGACAGAGCAGGGGAGGAACAGAAAGUAGCAGAGCAGGUGCACCAGCUGUUCGAUAAGGGGUCCAAUGCUUCCAAGGAGGGGGAAUUUGUCAGCGCUGGCAUCAGCCACACCAUCGACCUCGAGACCAGGAGUGCACCAAAUGAAGAAUCAGUGAAGGGCACAACUAGCAAAGAUGAUGCUGGGAACUCAAAGACCUCUGAUAGCAGUGUUGAGGAUGCCGCUCCACUUUGGGAGGAAGGUGAUUCUCAAGAAGGUAUAUAUCAGUCCAUCGCCAUUUGUUCCAGCAAGGGGCAUCUUCCUCGGUGAUGAACUGCACGAGCCCGGGGUUGGCCGCAACAUCCUCUGGCACAGAAACAGGUAGGAAUGGCCGUAGGACAAUAUUACCAAUCCAUGUCCCCGGUAGCGAAGGGUAGAGCUUGAUCUGUAGGUUGAUGGUUGCUAUAUGCACCUGGAUGUCAAGAUACUGCCAGACACAACUCUAUGAUGCAAAACAGCAGAGUGGGGAUUAAAUGUUUGUAACUGCUACGAGAUCAUGAGUGCUCAAGGAUGCUUAAUAUUGGAAGGAUUCAUACUCUGUAAUGAACGGUGAUCUUGCUGUAGGUGAUCAUCCGAGAAACAAUUCAGUUUUGAGGAAUCACAAUUGUUGGUUCAAGUACUCUGUUUUUCUUA